GCAGCGCCGGUGCGGCCGCGUCUCGACGUGUCACCGGCGGCGCCGUGUCUGUGGCCGGGAGAAGGAGCUCCAGCGAGGGAGAGUUCGCGGCGGUGGGUGGCGGCGGCGACCCGAGCCUGGACCAACCCCGGCGCAGAGGCGUCCCGGGGUCCGUGGGGAACGGCGGAGGGCGGCAGCGGGCCGGGCCGCGCGGGGCGCGAUGCUGAACAUGUGGAAAGUGCGGGAGCUGGUGGACAAAGCCACCAAUGUGGUUAUGAAUUAUUCAGAGAUUGAGUCUAAAGUUCGAGAAGCAACGAAUGAUGAUCCUUGGGGACCUUCUGGGCAGCUCAUGGGAGAGAUUGCCAAAGCUACCUUUAUGUAUGAACAGUUCCCGGAACUCAUGAACAUGCUUUGGUCCCGAAUGCUAAAAGACAACAAAAAGAAUUGGAGAAGAGUUUAUAAGUCAUUGCUGCUCCUAGCUUACCUCAUAAGAAAUGGAUCGGAGCGAGUUGUUACAAGCGCAAGAGAGCACAUUUAUGAUUUGCGAUCCCUGGAAAAUUACCACUUUGUAGAUGAGCAUGGCAAGGAUCAAGGUAUAAAUAUUCGACAGAAAGUUAAGGAACUGGUUGAAUUUGCACAGGAUGAUGACAGGCUUCGAGAAGAACGAAAGAAAGCAAAGAAGAACAAAGACAAGUAUGUUGGGGUCUCCUCAGACAGCGUUGGCGGAUUCAGAUACAAUGAAAGAUAUGAUCCUGAGCCCAAGUCCAAGUGGGAUGAGGAGUGGGAUAAAAACAAGAGUGCAUUUCCAUUCAGUGAUAAGUUAGGGGAGCUGAGCGAUAAGAUCGGAAGCACAAUCGACGACACCAUCAGCAAGUUUCGGAGGAAAGACCGGGAGGACUCUCCGGAACGGUGCAGUGACAGUGAUGAAGAAAAGAAAGCAAGAAGAGGCAGAUCUCCCAAAGGAGAAUUCAAAGACGAAGAGGAAACGGUGACAACGAAGCAUAUCCAUAUCACACAAGCCACGGAGACCACCACAACCAGGCACAAGCGCACAGCAAACCCUUCCAAAACCAUUGAUCUUGGAGCAGCAGCACAUUACACAGGCGACAAAGCCAGCCCGGAUCAGAAUGCUCCAACCCACACGCCUCAGUCUUCAGCGAAGCCAUCAGUGCCGAGCAGCAAGUCAUCAGGGGACCUCGUUGACCUGUUUGAUGGCAACAGCCAAUCAGCAGGAGGAUCAACUGAUUUAUUCGGGGGAUUUGCUGACUUUGGCUCAGCUGCUGCAUCAGGCAGUUUCCCUUCCCAAGCAACAAGUGGGAAUGGAGACUUUGGUGACUGGAGUGCCUUCAACCAAGCCCCAUCAGGUCCUGUUGCUUCCAGUGGUGAGCUCUUUGGCAGUGCUCCACAGCCUGCAGUAGAACUCAUCGGUGGCUCACAGCCAGCUUUAGGCCCACCUCCUGCUGCCUCAAACUCUGCAGACCUGUUUGAUCUUAUGGGCUCAUCCCAGGCAACCAUGACGUCUUCCCAGAGUAUGAAUUUCUCUCUGAUGAGCACUAACACUGUGGGGCUUGGUUUGCCCAUGUCAAGAUCACAGCCUCUGCAGAACAUUAGUGCAGUGCUGCAGAAGCCUAACCCUCUCUAUAAUCAGAAUGCAGAUAUGGUCCAGAAGUCGGCCAGCAAAACCCUGCCCUCCACUUGGUCUGACCCCAGUGUCAACAUCAGCCUAGACAACUUACUACCUGGUAUGCAGCCUUCCAAGCCCCAGCAGCCAUCGCUUAACACAAUGAUUCAACAACAGAAUAUGCAACAGCCUUUGAAUGUGAUGACUCAAAGCUUUGGAGCUGUCAACCUCAGUUCUCCAUCAAACAUGCUUCCUGUCCGGCCACAAACUAACCCUCUGAUGGGGGGACCCAUGCCUAUGAACAUGCCUGGUGUGAUGACGGGCACCAUGGGAAUGUCCCCUCUGGGAAACGCCCCAGUAAUGAGCCAGAGCAUGGUGGGCAUGAACAUGAACAUGGGGAUGUCAACCUCGGGGAUGGGCUUGACAGGCACGAUGGGAAUGGGCAUGCCCAACAUGGCCAUGCCUUCUGGAACUGUGCAACCCAAGCAAGAUGCCUUUGCAAACUUUGCCAACUUUAGCAAAUAAAAUAUUAUAAAGAAGCAAGUGGAAGAAGGAUGUGUAGCUGCAAAUAGGUGAUGUUGGGAUGGAAAAUGCUAAGCAGUUCCCUUUUCUUUUAUCAGUUAAUUAAAUAACCCACAAAAAGAACCAAAAAGUCUGAUGUAUAAAGUGAAGUGUCUGGUUGUCCGGAAGCAACUCAAGAGCACUUGAGACACAGCAGUCAGGACCCUCUUCCCCAGUGAAGAUGCAGUCCACCACUACUGGGGUGAGGAGACCCUGAAGGCCUUUCCAAGUCAGAGAGCCCAUGUCACAGGAUGGUCUGUGGGAGGACUGGCACAGGGCUGAGCAAAUGUGUUCACUCUCUAACUUUAUACUUUUCUUUCCCUGAGGAACUUGAUUUUUCUGUCCCUCAAUCGCCUUGUCAUAAUUGGGUCUAUUCCUUUACUACCACUCUCGAGUCCAUAUAUGAAGUCAUUAAAGUUGGAUGAUCAGUUUUUUAUAAAAAUAUAUAUUUUUGUCCAGAAAAAAAGGCAUACAUAUGUGAUUAUGGCUAAAUCAAAGGUAACCUGAUGUAUAUACUUUUGCCAAGGUUCCAGCAACACUGCUGACACACCAUCUGAGUUUCCAUGGAAUUGAACCCUCUUUCCACAGCUGUCAAUAGCUGUGAGCCUUUGCCCAUGUCUCUUUCUAUAAUUACCCAGUGCAGAACUGGGAAAAUGUUUUUCUUUUCAGGACUGCUCUGUGGUUUCCUUUAAGAGAUGGAGGAGGGAGACCUCGUGUGUGUGUGUGUGUGUGUGUGUGUGUGUGUGUGUGUGUGUGUGUGUGUGUGUGUGUGUGUGUGUUUGUAGCAGUUCAUUGCAGUUUGCAGUGAUUGACUUGGCAAAGCUCCUUUCCGUGCAUAUCCUUGUAGCCAUCAUUCAAGUCAGAAACAGUCAAAAGAGAAAAAAUAUUUAUUUUUAUCUUUUUCGGUGUCUUUUCAAAAAAUUGAAAGGUAAAAAUGCAUUAAGACCUUAAGUUAAAUAUAAAAGUUAGGACUCAGCAAUGUUCACGUUUAGAUUUUAUACUGUAUUUGUUUUGUUUGGAUUUUGAGUGUCUAUAAUACCGCAUUAGCAAUAUGGUUCCAAUAGAAGUUCGAUAUAUAUUAUUAAAGGAGACCUGUAGCAGUCAGAGAUUUUAUUGAUUUAAUGACAAAUAAAGGAAAUUAAUUAAUUUUUUGUUUUCCUGCUGUGAUUCUGCAUUAAGCUCACAUGAAAAUCAUGAUGCUAGAGUUUGGAAUUGAAAAUUAAAUGUUUCAACCUCAAGCUGGGAAUAUUUUUUAAAAUAAAUACUAUAAGUAUCAAAUUAUUACCUCCCCACUUUUAUGUUGAAAAUUUUUUUAUUCAAUUGAUACAACUUUGUUUCCAUUGUAUUCAUGAUGUUCUGUUAUAUAUAACAUUAAAACGUUCAUUAAAAUCAA